AUGAAUAGCAUCGGGCUGGGCUGGAGGUCGGACGCGGUUAAUUGGCGACGAGUUGCUGGGCCGGUGGCAAUGUACGCAGCAUCCAGCACGUCUACAGCGACCUCUGUAUCUCGCGAGAUGACAGCCGGAGCGACGGAGAGGCGCGUGCGGGUCGUCCGUCUACUGCGACCGCGCAAGGCCGCUCCGGCUUUUGGAUUCUCAUUGCGCGGCGGGCGGGAGUAUGCGACUGGCUUCUUCAUAUCGAAAGUGGACCUCAAUUCGGAGGCCCAUCUACAAGGGUUAAAGGUCGGCGAUCAGGUGGUUAGCGUCAAUGGCUAUCGGGUGGAUGACGCGGUGCACGCUGAGCUGGUUCAUUACAUCACUUCACAGUCUCGGCUGAAAAUAAAAGUUAGACAUGUGGGGAUGAUUCCUGUUAAAGAUAAGGAGCACGAGGCUCUAUCGUGGCAGUUCGUCUCUGAACGAGCGUCUUUGGCUUCAGAUGUGUCCUCAUCACCGACUCUCUGUCAUAAUACAGAACAUUUGACGGACUUGCGGCUGUCAAUACUUGUACCACCAAGAGCAAAGCUUGGCUGUGGUAUAUGUAAAGGACCGGAAUGGAAGCCAGGAAUUUUUGUCCAAUUUGUUAGAGAAGGCGGUAUCGCACGAGAAGCCGGUUUACGGCCCGGCGAUCAGAUUAUGUCCUGUAAUGGCCAUGAUUUCUCUAACAUAUCUUUCAACGAGGCUAUAUCAGCGAUGAAAGCAAGCGGUCGUCUCGAGUUAGUAGUACGUGAGGGUGCUGGUACAGAGCUGGUGUCGCCUGAGAGCUCGGGAUACAACAGCUCUGCGUCGUCCGCAGCUGGUGAGAGGAGUCCAGCCCCACCAGUCCCUCUAGCGCCGCCUGCAGCUCUUAGGAGACGACUCGCGAGCGUCGCCGAGGAAGCUGCUGAUAGAGCCGAUAGGCUAACAAUGAAUCGAAUUAAAAGACGAACAUGGGACUGUUUAGAUUUCGACUGGAAAAAUAAUGACAUUCAUAAUUUUGACGCACCCUCCGAUAUUGAACCAGAUUAUGACAGUCCUAGUAUACCAAAUAACCCUCAUACUUAUGAAAGCAAAUCAAACAUUAGAAGUAAAACUAAAACAGAAAUAGAAACAACAAAAAUACCCAGUCAAAUGAAUAGGACCAUUAUAAAUUUAACAGAAGACGGUGCAACUAUUCAAUGCAGUUACGACAACAACAAUUCUAGAAAAGGUCAAUUUACAACGAGUCAAACGAAUAGAGAGAACGAAAAGACGAUUGUUGUUGAAGUACAUCACAUGAACCCUGUUCCCUGCUCUAAGACUGUUGGUAAUUUCGGUCAAACAAAAAAAGAUAUUGAGACGGACGCCACCAGCAUAACGAGUUCAGCAACAUUAUCAAGUGCCAUCGCUGAUGAAAUACAGAGGAGAAAAUUAAAUAAGAAACCGGAUAUAGAAAAGGAAAUCAAACAAGUCCCGGUUAAGAAAACGAGCAUCCCAAAAGCAAUAGACAAUGACCAAAAAAAACAUCACGACGCCCUAAUGGAUGAAUUCAAAAAGGUCCAUAGAAAAAUGUUUGCUAAUCUUGAAGGAAAAAGUGAAGUUAAUAAUAAUGAGAAACAAACAGAUAAUAUGGAUCGCCAGUCAACCAUUCCUCUUAGAAAAAUCGAAUCAGUGCCAGCAGAAUUAAUCAAUAAGGAUAAGCAAACUCCAGAAAAACGAGAGAAGAAGGCUCCGCCGCCGCCUCCGCCGAUGCCAAUAGAAAAUGGACACCACAUUCACAAUGGAGACCACAUCGUAAACAAUCACAUCAACGACAAUAUGAAAAGUCCAGAAAUAAUGAAAGUGCCUAAUUUAAGAAAAGUUGGUUCUUUAACUCGAAUACCAACACCUGAUUAUAAUAAGUCGGACACUCCCGUACAGCUCCGAGUGAAGACCGUGAAGGAAGAGAAUGCUGAAGUAGAAUCUUUAGAAUCAUAUAAACUAAAAAAUCCACUUAACAUUCAACCAAAGCCGCCGUCUCAUUACUUCAUCAAAGCACCCAAUGGAACUGCGACCAUGAAGAAGCAUGUGCGACCAGUGUCGGUCACGAUAGGGGAAUAUGUCAACAACGUAGGCCGCAAAGAACCGGCCAAGUUAGACUUCCUCAACGGAGACAAGAUAGACGGGCAUAGAGCAGCUGAUGAUGAACCUAUCACAAGUAGACUUCAAUCAGAAUUGGCUCUCACAUUGUCUAGGUCAAAUUUACGUAAAAAGACUGAAGCUUUGUUAGCCUUAGUUGGAACUUCAACUUUAACUCUUCAUAAAAAUUGCCUCAAUCAAAUAGCUAAAAGGGUAAUAAAAUCAAUUCCUGAAACAAGAAUAAAAGAUCUGGAAAGAUUGGUUCUCACUUAUGGAACUUUUAAUUACAUACCUGAGACUGAAGAGAAUUUUUUUAACAAAGUCAUAGAAGAGUUACAGAAACCAGAAAGGAACGAAGAAAUUAUGAAGUAUGGCCGGUCAUUUUCUGCUUGUGUGGCAUAUCUAGGGCUUUUACAAAUAUUCCCAGUGGAUCUUAUAAAGAGGGUUCUAAGCCAGGAAUUCCUAAACAACACUUAUGGUGGAAAUUAUUAUAGUUAUGGAAGGGAGAUUUUAACUAUUCAUGAUAUAGCCAAACUUUUCAUAGAUGAUGAAGUUAGCGUUUUGACUGACAAACAAGUAAUAGCAUUGGCUAAAAAAUAUACAGACUAUGUGCCAUGUGAGACAUACCAGAAACAGUAUAAUGUGACUGAAAGAAUGUUUUUGGACAUCAAAAGAGUGUUACAAGAAGACCGAGGUGGAAAGGAGUAUGUAACUGGAUUUCAUGUUAUUCCACAUCAUCAAAGAGGAGAUUUAAUUCUAUGUAAUAACAGUGAAGGUGGUCCUGUGUCAGUGAAAGAUGUGUUCUAUGGAAAACAGUUUGGUCUUCUUCAUAAAGCACCCAGCUCUAAUCUUUGGAUUGUUCUUAUUGUAGCUGGCAGAAAUGCUAUGAUUCAAAACUCUAACAGAGUCAGCGGUCCAUUCAAUAUAAAAAUAAAAGAACUGAAUGCUCUGGGAUAUUAUGCCAAUAUAGUUUCACUCAAUCCUGUAAGAAUCUUGAAAAAUGAAGCAGAAGAAGAGAAAGCCGAAGUGGCUCGAAUGUCUAGUUUCAUUGGAGCUAUUGCUAUCGGUGAUUUAGUAAAAAGUACUCUUGGACCAAAAGGCAUGGAUAAAAUUUUAGUCUCGUAUGGAAGAAAUUCAGGACAGGUUGAGGUUACAAAUGAUGGUGCUACUAUACUUAAAUCCGUGGGUGUUGAUAAUCCCGCGGCUAAAAUUCUCGUUGAUAUGUCAAAAGUGCAGGAUGAUGAAGUUGGUGAUGGCACUACAUCAGUUACAGUUUUAGCUGCUGAGUUACUUCGAGAAGCUGAAAAAUUGGUCGAACAAAAACUGCACCCUCAGACAAUUAUAGCAGGGUGGCGCAUUGCUGUUGAAGCAGCUCGUCAAGCAUUGGCUGAAGCCAGUUUUGAUCAUGAAAAAAGCAUGAAUGAAGCAGCAUUGAGAGCAGAUUUGGAAAAUAUUGCUCGUACUACUCUGAGCUCUAAGAUUCUAUCUAAUCACAAGGAACAUUUCACAAAAUUAGCAGUAGAUGCAGUUCUUCGUCUUAAGGGUUCUGGUAAUCUCAAGGCUAUACAAAUUAUAAAAAUUUCUGGAGGUUUAUUGGAGGAAUCAUUUUUAGAUGAAGGAUUUUUAUUAAAUAAAAAAGUAGGAGUCCACCAACCCAAGAAAAUUGAGAAUGCGAAUAUAUUGAUAGCUAAUACUCCAAUGGACACUGACAAAAUAAAAGUAUUUGGUUCCACUAUCAAAGUAGACUCGAUGGCUAAAAUUGCUGAAUUAGAAGUCGCUGAAAAAGAGAAAAUGAAGGACAAAGUGAAUAAGAUUCUCAACCAUAAAUGCAAUGUGUUUAUUAAUAGACAGUUGAUCUACAACUACCCUGAACAACUUUUUGCUGAUGCUGGAGUCAUGGCGAUUGAACAUGCUGAUUUUGAUGGAAUCGAGCGUCUUGCUUUAGUCACCGGUGGUGAGAUUGUAUCUACAUUUGAUUCACCUGACAAAGUUAAACUGGGACAUUGCAAACUUAUUGAACAGGUCCUCAUUGGUGAUGAAUGUUUAAUACGUUUCUCUGGUGUGGAGCUGGGUUCAGCCUGUACCAUUGUAAUAAGAGGAGCUACCCAGCAAGUUAUCGACGAAGCUGAACGUUCCUUGCACGACGCACUCUGUGUACUAGCUGCUACUGUCAAAGAACCAAAAGUUGUUUUCGGUGGUGGUGCAAGUGAGAUGCUAAUGGCGGAGGCUGUGUCUCGUGUCGCUGCUCGAACUCCCGGCAAGGAGGCGGCGGCCGCUGAAGCCUUCGCAGUGGCUCUACGACGUCUACCUUCCGCCGUAGCAGACAACGCUGGCUACGACAGCGCGGAUCUCAUAGCUCGCCUUAGAGCCUCUCAUGCACAGGGAGAGAAUACUAUGGGGCUUGAUAUGGAGAAUGGCUGCAUUGGUGAUAUGAAGAAGUUGGGUAUCACUGAGUCGUAUGUGGUGAAGCGUCAAGUGUUGCUGUCAGCCAGUGAAGCCGCCGAGGUCAUUCUACGUGUGGACAACAUUCUCAAAUCAGCACCUCGCAGGCGUGGACCCGACCGUCGCCCCUGCUAA